AUGCGUGAUGAGUUUUCCUCACUGUUUCCAAAAAAUCUAUAUGCACGCAUCUCACUGCAUUACUCAUUCGCAGGUUCAAGAUCAACAAAGCGCAAGUACUGUAGAAAGCAUGCGAGUUCGUCGUUACCGAAACACAACUAUAAGGCCGGGCCGCAAAAAAGCGAACCGUAUGUGUUGCUACUACCGGCAGGAAAGAUCGUAGGUGUGCGCACCGGAAAAGUCGAAAGUUUGGAUAAAUACACGAAUCCCUACACCCGGGUGUUCAACAUCGAACACAUUCUGCACGAUCCGGAUCUGUAUGAGAAUCGCAAUGGGUCGAAAAUAUUGAGGUACCUUCGGAAAGGCUCCAAGUUGACCGAUUCUGAGAACAAUGAGAUGGUACGGAUUUGCUGUGAACAUUUGCAACGUUGCGACGGCUCAAUGUAUCCUGAUACUGAGAAGAAGGAAAUUUUAGCUAAGUCUAUCGUAUACACAUUCCCCCAGUUGGCUAACGUACUAAAUCCGACUGAGCCACAUGUUCUGUACUUUCAUCGAAAACAGGAGAACGUGAUUAACGAUCGACAUUCGGGCAAGAUCAGCAACCGGUUUGAUACGAUCGUUCGCAAAGCGAACGGAAAAAAUCGUUAUAAAAAACCUGGCCACGUGAUUUUAAGCUAAAUUUGAAGGAAAGCAUAUAGAAAAUACAUGCCACAUUUUUUCAAACAAACAAUUCUAUUGAAAUUGGCACUAAACAGCAAAUUAGACAAAAGGAAUAGAUUCAAAGCUAUUCCAAUUCUAAACUUAAUGGCUUCAAAUAAACGUUUUGACA